AACCUUUAAACCUGGUCAUGUACGUACCUCAGCUCAAAGAAAUAAACAGAAAUCAUUAGACCCUCUAACUCGCACUUAAUUACAAUGGAUGCUCACCAAGAAACACUGAUAUUCAACAAUGAUUAUGAGGUGCAUGAUUUCACUGAGGACCCCAACUUUGAUCAGCUCAUCAAUUUAAUUAGAGGGGAUAAUAAUAAUGAAGAUGAUGCUGCUGUGUUCUUUAACUAUGGUUCAGACAUUAUCACCAAUGAUUGCUUCCUUGAUGAUAAUCAGAAUCAGAAUCAUUUACUUCUUCCAUAUGAUCAGAUUCAUCAGAGCCAUAACAACAAUAGUAGCAAUGAAGUGAUGAUGAAUAAUGUGUGUGGUGAUGAUCCUAGCCCUACUAACCUUAUUAGCUCCUUCUCUUGCUUUGAUGAAGGGGUGGUUAAUAGAGAAAAUGAAGGAGAGUAUUCUUCUGCAACCACAACUGCAACUGAUGAGGCUAAUCUUAGUGGUAAACCAAGGCUGAAAGCUGAUAGGUCCAAGACUCUCAUCUCUGAGAGGAGGAGGAGAAGCAGAAUGAAGGAGAAGCUUUAUGCACUCCGCUCUUUGGUCCCUAACAUAACAAAGAUGGAUAAGGCAUCGAUCAUUGGAGAUGCAUUAUCGUACGUGCAUGAGCUUCAAGCACAAGCUAAGAAGCUAAAGGCAGAGGUUGCAGGACUUGAAGCAUCUCUGUUUGUGUCAGAAAAUUACAAAGCAUCCUUUGAUGACAAUUACAUAAAAACUGUUCAAGUCACACACAAUAGCCACCCGAUCAACAAGAAGAUAGUGCAGAUAGAGAUGGUUCAAGUGGAAGAAAGAGGGUAUUAUGUGAAGAUAGUGUGCAACAAAGGAGGAGGAGUUGCUGCAUCACUCUACAGGGCUCUCGAGUCUCUUGUGGGUUUCAGUGUUCGGAAUUCAAACUUUGAAACUGUUUGUGACACUAUACUACUUACAUUUACAUUGAAUGUUAAAGGCUUUGAACCAGAAGUUAACCUGCCAAACUUGAAGCUAUGGGUGACAGGCGCUCUUCUCAACCAAGGCUUUGAAUUCAUGGCAAAUUUUCAUUAUUGACAUUUC